UUGGAUGGACGCAGAAAGCAGAAAGAUUGGCGGGGGAAGAUGCCAUCAUCACACUUGCGUUUUCUGAGUGGGACGGAGGAGCCAAGAAUCUCGCGUCCUUAGAUUUUGUUUAGUAAAGAGUGCGAUCCUCGAGCCUGGUGGAGCCAGUUUAGACCCAUAUUUGUAUAAAUCCAGUUUAAUCUGUUUGCUGAUGAAUCAUAAAGCUUAGCGGAGCCUCUCGACCACAUUCUGCACAACUUGUUCUGUGCACUUACCCUGCAACAACUAUUAAGCUUGUUGGAUCGACCAGAUCUCUUCUUCCUUCCCUGCCAUGCACACAGUGACUUUAGAUCUAUUCCUGCAAGACAUUUCCCAUUAAGAAUAGCCCACACUUGUAACAGAAAGCAUCUCACAGAGCUGUAAUUAGUAAAAUACAGAGCUAGGGUUCCUAAACGUGCAGCACACAGGUGGUUGCAUGGUGUACUUGAAUAUAUCCAAUAUUCUGAACUUGCAUAAAUGGUGUAUCCUCAGUAGUGGAGAAAGGAGGGUUCAUCACUGCUCAGUGCUUACGCCUACACAGCAUGAAUCAGGACAUCAGACCUAUUUCCUGGUGAAACUUUAGAUGACCUGUAUCUUCAGCCUCUGUUUUUAAAAUGGCAAGUGCUACUUUGCGCCAUGGAGUGACCAUCACUGGAGCUAUCCUGCUGGUGACGGGGACUCUCUGUUUUGCUUGGUGGAGUGAUGGCGAGAUGGGAGCCGCCCCAUCUAGCAGUGAGCCAAAGAUCAUGCCUGAUGGAGAGGUCGGACCAGUGGCAAGCUCUUCUUCCUCCUCAUCUAAUGCAAUGCUCAGGUCCAUAAGCUUCUUCUGCUGUGGAAUUGGCGGUCUCCUCCUCCUUUUUGGCCUUCUGUGGUCAGCCAAUGCAGGGAUAAUUUCUCGCCGCUAUCAGUACCAUUUUUCAAGGGACCUUCAUUACUCCACUGUGGAGCCUCUUGAGAAACAGACCUGCAGCACCUGGGAUCCAAGCAGUAUUCCCUCCUAUGAAGAAGCCUUGAAUUGCCAACCUGCUGAAAACACCCCAAAUGGCACACAGCCCAACAGCCUGAAGGAGACCAGGCCCCCCUUGUAUCAAGUGGUGGACGAAAAUGACACACGCCAUGCCGGCCGUAGGCGCAGUUCCUCUGAUAGCGUUUUGUUCCGGAAUAUUCUGCCGAGGCUGGAGUCAGCAUCGUGGGACGACUCGAGCGUCGCCUGCAACACUCCGCCCCCUAGCUAUGAGAGUGUUCGCUCGUGCGACGGAUGAUAUUGGGAUCAGGUUCACCUUUCUUGGGAAUCUCUAGAUUACUAUUGAGCUGACACCUGCCUUUUUCUUAAAUUAGUUAUUUGUGGCAAGCUGGAGUGGAAAUGCUAAAUAGCUAUUAAAAAUACGAACAACUGUUUUGUCUUUUCGUAGGGGUCCCUGCCAAAUUGUCGGAGGUCAGUAUCGACAUUGCUUUUUUUAGUGUGCGACUAAUGUGAACACAACGCUUCAUGUGCCGAGAAUGAUGCUUCAGAAGCACAUACUAAGUGCAUAGAAAAUUCAAACUUGCGCUAAAUGAAAGAACUGCUUUCAUAGGUUACACUGCUGCAGGCCUUUAAGGACAGUACACAGCGAAUUUGGGUAACCAGGCUGUGGAUAUAUGACAUUUAGAAAAUGUUCUGAAAUGCUCUUAAUAAAAUUACUAUCAAUUCUGAA